AGGGAGGGUGAAGUUGCCAGUGGCAGUGAGGGCCCGAAGCAGAGUUAAGUGUCAGGACUGUUCACUGUGUGUGUGUGGGUGUGUGUGUGUGUGUGUGAGGAGCAGGUGGGGGGCCUCCACCUGCUGAAUGAACCCUGUCAGCGUCGGGCAGUACCAUGGGCUACGGGUGGGCUCAAGCCUGCUUAGCAUUGUGGCGGGCUGCAUCAUCAUUGGGGUGUCCAGGGAGUGUGAUGCUGAUGCUGUAGGGGGGAUCUUCCUGGGAGCGGGAGGCCUCGGCCUGCUCAUAUCGAUCUACCCCUUUAUAAAAGCUUGGCUGAACAUUAACCACAUUCUUCCAUCCUUUGGAAACUUCAGAGUGCACCCCACACCUGCCAAUCCUGCUCCUGAUCAACCUGUAGAAACUCUAAGAAGAGAAGGGACUCAGAGUCAACUGCAUCUGGAGCGUUCUAAGAGUCGAAUGGGAACCUUUGUGGAGGGCGGACCGAACCCAGAUGAGGGGACAUCUUCAGACAUGCCAGACGUCUUAUCAAGACGGAAUCUUAAGCAGCCACCUUCUGAUCAAGAUCUACCAUGAUGUCAUCCUGUGACCUCACUGACCAAUAUUAUUCAACUUCCUGCUAAAUCUUCUUCAUUUGGUUUCUUUCAAAUUUGGGACAAAAGAUGCUGAUUUUCUGUAGAAUUGUUGUAUCAGUUGAACUUGUCCUGUCCUUAUCACCUUUUGAUAUUGUACUUAUGUGGCCUAAUAAACAUCUCCAAAGAUUA